GACCGAGCGCUCUGUCGUCCGAGUGGUUGUCUCCCGAAUCGUAGUAGUUUUAAUAAUAUAUUAUUUUCAAGUUUCAAUUCAACAUCAUUCAGUUAAAAGGCCUAUUGUGACUUGAGAGAUUGAAUGCAAUGUAAUAGUAAUUUGUAAUUUAAAAUUGGUAAACUGCUUGAAACUUCAAAGUAAAAUAUUUAUAUUGUAUAGAUCUAAUUAUAAUCUUUAACCUGAUAAUAUUAUAGCGAUGGUUAGCUGGUUAGUAAUCACCCAAGAAAAUUAACUAGGUAGCCUAAUCAAAAACCUGUAUCAUUUUGAAAUUUAUUACCACGUUAUAAAAAAAUUUACAUUUGCACUGAUGGAUUUAUUGGUAAGUGAAAUCUGAGCCAACUGAGCAUGGCUUGAAUGAGUGGCCAGAAAACGUUGACAUCAAGGAGGAAAUAGAUAUAGACUAUAGCAUGCACUGGUGUAUGAAGAAAGAGAUUCUGGCUGAAGAGCAGGAGUCAUCCAUCCUUGGUUCUCCAUUGGCUAAACAAGUGGAUGAAACCGUAUCAAACAAAGGCAAAGGUGUAGAGGAAGAGAAAGAACAAACAUUGAACAAACAUAUAACUUUACUCGACGCUUAUGUCAAACUCUAUCAAAUAGAAUCGCUCGAUAGAAUCUCCAGAACUGUUUACCGGGAACAGAGCUCAAAUGAUGAUUAUGAGCCGUCAUCAGCUGCUAGUGAAAGUAUUUCAUCUGAAGGAGAAGAAAAUGAUGUUGAAAUGAUAGAAGGGGAGGAAGACAGUGUUGCACACAAAACUGGUGUUGACAAACGUCAUCAGUGUAGAGUAUGUUCCAAAAGAUUCUUAUAUUCGUGUCGUUUGAAAAGACAUAUGCUCACUCACACUAAAGAGAAGGCAGAGAAGCGUCACCAGUGUACUGUCUGUACUAAACGUUUUCCACAUACUGGUGAUUUGAAUGUUCAUAUGCGUUCACAUACCAAAGAAAAGCCUUAUGAGUGUACAGUCUGCACAAAAAAGUUCUCUGUUACCGGUCAUUUGAAGAGACACAUGCUCAUUCAUACCAAUAAGUCUCAUCAGUGUACAAUGUGUACCAAAAGGUUCCGAUGUUAUUAUGAUAUGAUUAACCAUAUGCGUAUCCACACCAAUGAAAAGCAUCACCAGUGUACAGUUUGUACAAAACGCUUCAUCAUGUCUGGUGAUUUGACCAAGCAUAUGCGCACUCAUACUAAAGACAAGCCGUACCACUGUACAGUCUGUAACGAAAAAUUCUCUGUUUCUAGUAAUUUGCGUAGGCAUUUUAAGCGUAUUCACGCAAAAUAGAAGGCUUUAAGGGUCAAUUACACUUGGCUAGUUCACAAGCUACAAGCCGACGAGUCGGCGAGUGCGCUAGUUGUCGAAUAAAUAAUCGAGCCUAUAAUUAGAUAGUAUAAUAAUCGAGCCUAUUACCAGUAAACAGUCUGAACCAUUAGUUUUUCUGACAAUUCAUUCGUCCAUUAACAUCAUUCUUAAAUGAUGACUCAAUGACUUAGAUUCUGACACAGCUAUUUCACUGGCAACGAUUUAUUUUGAACAUUCAUUUUUUCAUCUUAAUUUCUCAAUGUUGUAUAAUAGUAAUGUACUUUUUGUUUUCCCUCACGCCAUAUGCAUAAAUAUUUAUAUAAUGUACGAGUAUAUUUGCAUAAACUCAUACCACAGAAAAGCCUCACCAGUGUAUAUUGGUUUCUCUACUUCAUGGAGAUUUUUCUUUUGAACUUGUUUGAAAAAUGGAAAGUAUUAGGUACGAGUAUUUCAAUGUCCAAUAGAUUUGGCUGUUUUCUGAUAUCUAUUUAUUUAUUAUUUUUUGUAUGCAUAUAGAAUGCACAAGAGAUAAAUCAUUUUCAAUGCACAAUUAGAUAAAUCAUUUUUGUGUUCUCAAACAAUAGAGAAUCUUUACCAUAACCACUCUACAGUCUGUAACAAAAAAGUCUUAGUUUCUAGUCACUCACUAUACUCACACCAAAUAUACUUAGAUAAUUUUACUUGGAAAAUGUAUUUAUUAUAUUAUUUAUAAUUAUAGAAAUUAUAGAAUUAUGGUGCUUUUGAGAUCAGUAUUUAUAGGGUAGGGAUAUCGGGAAAUAUUCACUAUUAUUAUCAAGUCUUUGUUUAGUUUUACUCAUUCAUUAAAAAAACAUCUAAUUCAAAUUCUAUGAAAUUUAUUUCACUUUGUUUAACUCUUUGUGAUAGUUGUAUUUAAGGCAGAUGAACAAUUUGAGCAUAUAAAACUAUAUUUCUACAAAACAAUUAUUGCAAAUCCCUGGGUGAAAUGCAGAUGUAUAGUACAGUCAUGAGUAGUGUACUUGAAUAUUAUAGAAUAUGGUAAAAAGAGCCUAAUGAGGAUUAUACUAUUAUAAAAACUUGGUCAGAGAAAAGUUGACUAGAUACCUGUGUACCAAUUUAUCAAUAUUUAAAUAAAUGCUUUAUCCAAAUUGCAUAUCCAAACAGUAUUUCUCUGGUAUUUGAUAUAGUAUUGUACUUGAUAUGUCUGUGUUAAUUGAAAUAAUUUUCUAUAGAAAUAUUUAUAUAUAAGUAAUUUGAAAAAGAAAACAGUUUUUACAUUAAAUGUUCACUGUUUGAAACAGUAUUUCUUUGGUAUUUGAUAUAGUAUACAAUAUAAAAAUUCUUUUGUAUGUGAAACGCAACAUUAGAUGUCUCAACUUGCUUCCAAACACAAACCAAAAGCCUAUGCUCCUUCUUUCGUGUUCUCAAGUUUCCUGAUUGAUUGAUAUCAAUACAGUUUUACAUCAUACUGAAAUUUCUAGUAUUGUACCAUUUUCUUGGAGACUUCUGUUAGGAUUUGGUUAUAUAAUGGUGGUCAAUUGUAGAUUGUAACCAUUUUAAAUAUUUAUAUAUGAGUUAUUUGAAAAAGAAAACAGUUUUUACAUUAAAUGUUCACUGUUUGAAACAAUAUUUCUCUGGUAUUUGAUAUAGUAUUGCACUUAAUAUGUCUGUGUUUAAAAUAAUUGUGAUCGCUACUAUAGCAAAAUAAGAACUUUUCGAAGCAUUAUUGCUUUCAAUCAAAAACGUUUUAUGAUAAAAAUGUUUUCAAUCAACAAACUGAUUUCAUUGCUUCUGGAACCAUCCCAAACUGAAAAAUUAUGCUGAAAGAUAAGAUGAAAGUUCUCCAAUAAAUUUUAAUUCUUACUGAUCAA